GCAGUGCCACACCUCCGAGCUCCGUUACCGCAGCAGCAGCGGUGGUGCGAUCAUGUGACGCCUGCAUUUCCGACACAACAAUACAACUCUGCAUCCACUCUGCCCCCCACGCCUGGCUCUCGGUAUGGCGGAUGGCGAGAGGUCCCCGUUACUAUCAGAUCUGGGAGAUGGUGCUCUUGGCAGUGGUAACGGCGGGGUGUCUCCCGGCGCAGCGCCCUACGGUGUGCCCAGCAAACCACAGAGCUUCCCUCCGUUCCCCAGCCCUACUCAGCCCUCGGUGCUCCUUGGGGAGGACCCUCCGCCCUACUCCCCUCUUACGUCCCCAGAGAGUGGCAGUGCACCUGUCAUCAGCUGCAGGGUGUGUCAGAGCCUGAUCUCUGUGGAGGGAAAGAUCCACCAGCAUGUGGUGAAGUGCGGGGUUUGCAAUGAAGCCACGCCCAUUAAGAAUGCCCCAGCAGGGAAGAAGUACGUCCGCUGCCCCUGCAACUGUCUGCUCAUCUGCAAAGUUACUUCCCAGAGGAUCGCCUGUCCUCGGCCAUAUUGUAAGAGGAUAAUUAAUCUGGGUCCAGUUCAUCCUGGUCCGGCUAGUCCUGAUCCCCAGCCAUCCGGGGCCCGAGUCUCCUGUGGACACUGCAACAACACCUUCCUGUGGACAGAGUUCACUGACCGUACGCUGGCCAGGUGCCCUCACUGCAGGAAAGUCUCCUCCAUUGGUCAGAGGUAUCCCCGGAGGCGGAGCUUGUGGUGUUUUCUACUCUGCUUGCUAUUCAGCAUCUCCACUGCCGGGCUGAUGGCUGGAACGUGGGCAAAGGCUCAGACCUACCAGGGGAUUUACGCCUCAUGGGCCGCAUUGUUGCUCCUGGUUCUUGUCACCUUGGUCCGGGCCUUCUACUGGGCCUGCAUGAGGGUCAGCCAGCCCCUCCAGAACUUCACAUAGAGCUCCCUCCAACCCUGCACACCCUCUUCCCAACCCGCUAGGCCGGAGAGAAGAUGGCUUUGAAGAAAAACACACACACUAUAAAACCGAAUAUUUAUUUAAACCCAACCCAACUCAAGAAAGAGAAAGUUCUCCUCGCCCUGUCCCCUCCCUUUUAGUCAAAUGUGUUUCGACAACUGGAUGGCGGUGGUUGCGACUGCUAUAUAUCUUACGGUAACUAUGAUGAUGCAUAUAGCCUAUUGUACUGUUUAUCUGUUCUAAUCUCGUGGCAAGGGUUAGGUUCGUUUUAACACUGUAAAAAUUCGAACAAAUUUUUCUUCUUCUCUUUCCCGCCUGCGCUGUUAAUACAUUUUGACUUCAGUCUGGGGCACAUCGGUUGCACUCUCGCAACUUCUAAGAUGGGGGCUUCAAGCUAAGUCUAACAUGUAAAUUAUGCCCUUGUUUUUGUUCAGGAGCAGACGCUCCCUCUUCAAUCCUAAUUUGACGUUAGGUUUAGUAUUAUUUAAAACAUUUAACAAUUUUUGAAAUUGCUAAAAACAAACGAUUUUGCGAAAGCGGUAAUGAAGUCAGAUGACGCUAACAAAUCGAUGCCAGUUGAAGACAAGUGGCUGGAGGGACAUCAGUUUCCUUUUUGUGAAGCAAAAGAUUAAGUAGGUGUUGAAAUGUGUCUGAAAAAUUGAAUUCAGCAGUACGUUAGUUUUUCUGCUAAAUUAUGCCCUGGGACUGACUUUGAUCCAAAGCAGCUUGAAAGCCUUAAAAGGUUGUGCGGUAGAAGGAUUCAAGACACACACACACACACACACACACACACACACACACACACACACACAAGCCACAUAAAUGCAUACCGGCCCACAACAAAAGGAGGAUGCUCUUUUAGUGUCAUCUUUAAGGCAUCCCAGACUCUCUUUUCAAAGACAGACCAGCAAACCAAUUUUCUGGAUAUUUUGUUCUGGUCCUGUAAAGAGUGUAACAACACAUGUAUCUACAGCUUUCCCUUCUGCCAGCUAUAGCCAACAACUUUUAUCAUUUUAUUAUUUUUAUUUUCCCGUCAUGCCUAAAUGCUCUGUUCAAUCACAUAUCUCCAAUUGACAUAUUAAAGGCCGAACCUGGCAUUAAACUCCAUUCCUUUUUCAAAAGACAGGUUUACUUUUUUAACCAUAUCUCAAUGACCUUGGUUCUGCUUGGCUUUCCGAAACACACCAAAAUAUGAAACAUGAAGAGCUAUUUGCUGUUACUAAGUUGAUAUUUGCCUCCUUUUACCCACAAACCCUGGAAGUCUGAGAUGUCUUUUGGAAUGGCUUUCCGUUGUUGGUUUAAUGCUUGCAAACCACACUACAUAUUUGUUUGGAGAGGACUAUCAGUGGAAUUUUAAGGUCCUCUGUAUGUUUUGUUCUCUCGAGUUGAAUCUGUGAAAACA